CUUAAGAAUAAAAAACGCAGAGAUAACACAAGGGAAGAAAAAUGGCGUCCAUGAUAUUAAUAUCUUCUUCAUCAGCUUUACCAACGCGGUCCCUCGACUCAUUCCCGACUCACUCAGGACGCUUCAACAACCUCACCUCACUCUCAUGGGUCUCUUCGUUUCCCAGUAUCAACAUCUCCAUUAACUCGUUUACACUUCCUUCUGCUCCCUCUCUGAACAAGGGUUCUUUUGUUCAAGCUGCCUGGACUAGGAGAUCCCGCGGUGAAGCUGCAAAGCAACCCAAUAGGAAAUCAUGGAAACAAAGGACUGAUAUGUAUAUGAGGCCAUUUUUACUAAAUGUUUUCUUUUCAAAGAAAUUUAUUCAUGCCAAAGUGAUGCAUCGGGGUACAAGCAAAGUGAUAUCGGUUGCUACCACAAAUGCCAAGGAUCUUCGAAACAAUUUGCCAUCACUCACAGAUCACAAUGCAUGCAGAAUAAUAGGGAAACUUAUUGCUGAACGAUCAAAGGAAGCCGAUGUCUAUGCAAUGUCCUAUGAGCCUAGAAAGGGUGAGAGGAUUGAAGGUAAGCUAGGGAUAGUUCUAGACACCAUUAAGGAGAAUGGGAUCAUAUUUGUAUGAGCCAAUCAUGCAUUGCUGUAACAAUUAAUUUAUUGUAAUUUGUAUUUAGAAUAUACUUUACUUUGAGCUUUACUUCAUUGAUCUCUCAAUAUUUAGCAGCUUUGAUGUUAUAAUCAUGUUGUGCACUGGAGUAUAAGAACUUGAACGAUGUGCUGGACAAAACCUGCAAAUAAUCUGCAGGCAUUCAGGCUGAAACAAUAAAUCUUCCUGCUUUGUCACUUGGGAUGGAGUAUCAUUUUAUUUAGUUAUCACCAGAUGAUUUGCCAUAAUGUUUGGCCCAUCAUGUUUCAUAAGAUGAUGUGUGAUGCC